AUGACUCAAUUUGCGGAUUAUCCGACUAAUUAUUCCUCAGGAGCACCGGCUCUCGGUGUAUGCUGGGCAUUCUCGGCAAUUGCCUUGACUGUGAUGUUUGCGAGAUUGUAUACUCAGGCGCGAAUCACUCAUCAACUUGGUCUGAGCGAUGCACUGUUGGCUCUAUCAACUUGCCUGUAUACUAUUUCGCCGGCUGACCAAGCACCUUUGCAGUGUAUCAUCAUUACAUUUGCAUCCCUGAUUACUGUACAAUUUCAUUAUGGCUGGGGCCGACACCAGUCCACGCUUACAGUCCAUCAGCGUAUUGAGGCUCUCAAAUACAAUGCAAUUUCCCAGUCAUUUGGAGUCUUGGGUUCCACUUUUGGCCGCCUAUCAACAAUUGUGACCAUGUUCACUCUCUUCGGCAUAACAAAAAAGCUGCGACGCGGCUUAUGGACAUUGUGCGCUGCUCAACUCAUCACCAACGGCGCUGUUGUGAUAUGUUUAUAUGCUCAGUGUACCAACAUUGUCCUACUUUGGGACACGGAUGGAGUUUCUGGCUCAUGUUGGAAUGCAGAUGUGCAAACUUACUUUGGAUAUGCACAUUCGGCAUUCAACGGCGUAACAGAUCUCUUCUUGACGUUCUUCCCGGCAUACAUGAUUAGAAACUUACAGAUGAACCGACGAACAAAAGUUGGUGUCGCGGUUCUCCUUGGACUAAGUAUUCUGGCAUUCAUCGCUGUUAUAAUGAAGAUUGUCAAGCUUCGGGCACUUGCCGAUCGUGGAGACUAUACUUACAACACAGUGGCUCUAUUCACAUGGAUUCUUGCCGAAGCUGUUCUUUUGAACAUCGCCGCAUCGGCUCCCAUUUUGCGACCAUUCUAUAGGAAGAUUUUCCGAAAUCAGCCCCAUGGUUACUCCUAUGAGAUGAAUAGCCAUGAAGUAUCAAAGAGUUACAUCACACGCGAUCAAGGAGCCAUUAACUUGAAGUCUCACGAUUCAGCCAGCGAUAAGGCUGCUAUUUUGGCGAAUGACCAACGAAAUGACGAAGACUUUUAUCACAUCACUGUGAAACAGUCUUAUUCGGUGACCAUGACGGAUACUAGAUCCCCUUGA